CUGAUGAGGAUCUUUAAUGGAUUCCGAGGCUAUGAUGAUAAUUGUUAACUUUCUCUUCAUUGGGCUUGUGUUAUUUCAACCUGUAACUUGGCAAGAAAGAACAAGGCCUUUGGAAAAAUAUGGAUUCCUGAGAUGGCCAUGUCUUUGGUAUUUUCUUGAUUGAAAAUGAAAGAGGCUGCAGAGAUCAUGAGGAUUUUGGCAGACAUGCCAAUGGGCAUCUUUGCAGCCCUGGCAGUCCAACUGAGGAAGGAGAUACACAUGGUAAACUAUUAUUCACUAAAAGUGAUGGAAAAGAGAAGGUUCAGGAGCAGAAAUGUGAGCAUUGUGGUUGCUGGAGCUCAAACCGAGAAGACUUUGGACGUGGCCGAGGUAGAGGUCGGGGGUCCGGGAAAGUGCUUAUGGCGGAGAAAUUGGUUUGUUAGUUGCGUGGUGACCCGGGAUUCUGAGAUUUAUCUGGAGGGACCCGGAUUGCAGCCACAUGGGUUGGCUAUUCAGUGACGCAUGUUUUAUCUACUUGUUUGAGUUUCAUAUUUAUGACCUAAUUGGCUCUGUAUGACCUUUAGCAGUUAGUCAAGCAAUGCAACUUUCGACGUUGAGCCGGGGGUCUCUUUGGAAACAGCCUCUCUACUUUCGAGUAGGGGUAAGGUCUGCGUACACACACCCUCCCCAGACCCUACUCUUGUGGGAUUUAACUGGGUUGUUGUUGUUGUUUGUUGUUAGUCUUGUCACCUCUUGCUAUGUAGAACUUUUGAUGUAGUGCCAAAUAUCUUUUUGAGUGGGUGGAAAAUACAUUACUACUCCCUCCGUUCCUCACAGAUCUUCCUAAACACUACUUAUUGGGUCAAUCUAACUCACUUUGUUUGCUUAUUUUUACUACUCAUUUUAUAAAAUAAGUCUUGUCACCUCUUGCUAUGUAGAACUUUUGAUGUAGUUUUUUAGCAUAUAAAUCUUGUUUUUAAAUUUUACACCAACAAUCAAAUAAAUUGAACUGAAAAUU